UCGACAUCGACUUGGAGCCCAGAAGGACCGCACAGGCAGGCACGACAACAGAAGCCGGGGGGAAAUAAUUCCAGAUAACAUAAUUACAUUUAAAUCUCUUACUCCAGUACCCACUUUGUUUUUGCUACACUGGCACCAUGUUUAUCCCUUCACAAAACCACCCGCCCUCCUUUAAAGACUUCACCCUCGUCAUGCCAGCAGUGGCAAUUGGUAAUGUGGGCCAGCUGGCCGUGGACCUCAUUGUGUCCACUCUCAACAUGAGCAGAGUGGGCUACAUACACACAGACUGUCUCAUCCCCAUGACUGGAAACAACCCAUACGCCACCUGUAAGGAAGACGCUGAGGAGCUGCACACUCCAGCUGAAGUUUACACAGCAGCAGAACUGAAGAUUGCAGUUCUUCAAAUCAGGGCCCCAAUUAUUCAGACAAAAUCCAAAAAGUUCCGACAGCUGCUGGUGUCUUGGAUCAAAGCCAGCGGGUUCUCCAGGACUGUAGUUCUGUCCAGCAGCCACGCCUACCAGAGGGACGACCAACAGCUGAAAGGCAUUCCUUUGAGGUACCUGGUCACUCCAUCCCUGCUGAAGGUGAGUGCUGAUGCGAUGGAGAAGCUCGGCUGGAGGGAGAUGGAGCGGGUACCGGCCUUCCCGGGACUGACAGACACCAACACAGAACCACGCCUCUACGUCCCCGGAGGAGGCAUAACCAAAGGACUCUACAUGGACAGUUGUGCAGAGGAUAUCCCACUGGCAGUGCUGCUGCUCUUCUGUUCAGAAGGCGACAACAUCCCAGACGCCUUCACGCUUGUCAACCACCUCAACGACUGGCUUCAUCUGCUGGACAGUCCUAGCCAAAAGCCCAACAAAUGGAAGAUCCCAACUUCCUGGAGUCUUCUUUUUGGCAGUGGCAUUCCUCCAGCACUGUUCUGAUACCCACAUAUCUAGCUUUUGUUGCUUGUUCUGGCUCAUAAUUAGCUUCUAGGAGUCUUUUAUAUGUAUUAUAUUGAGUUCACCUGGUUUAACUGACCUCACAAGAACCCCCUCACUCUCAAAUGUAUCCAAGACUGCUUUAUUUUGAUAAUGAUCUUUUGGGUGUACAAACAUUGUGUCAUGUGCAGGAGUUGCGGCAGGUGUUGCAGCAUUUGACUGAUUUUUCGAAUAAAACAUUGUGACAAGAAUCCAGUGUGAAUUUA